AUGGGGUUCAGGACCCAGUCCUACCACCCCAUAAGGCACUCGCCUGUCGUCAAAGUGGUAGCUGCUGGGUUGGUGGGAACGGUUUCCGGAUCGCUUCUCUACUCCCACACCAUCUGGAACGACGUCCAUGCCAUUGACACGUCUGUGCACGAGCUCGAGCCCGUCAAGGACUCAGAGACAUACGAGAACGGGCUCUACCUCGCCUCCCAGAAAGAGGAGCAAGACCAGUACGAUCACUACCGCCAGACCAAGACCGGCCAGGGGUUGCUCCUCAAGCGGAUCUUCUACUACCUCAAGUUCCACAUCGACGACUACAUCAUCAACCCGUUGGUCACGUUUGCACGUUUCUUGGAGUUGUCUGCAAUCUUCGUCCCUGUGCUUUUGACGUCGCCCCUCUGCUGGUUUGGCAAGAAGAACCGCAAGACAGGCACCACCGUCCGCUCGGGCGCCAGGCUCUGGUUCCGGUACUUGCGGUGGUCUGCCGAGUUGGCGGGCGCCUCGUUCAUCAAAUUGGGCCAGUGGGCAGCUUCCAGAACCGAUAUCUUCCCUAAGGAGAUGUGCGAGGAGUUGGGCACCUUGCACUCCAACGCCAAGGCCCACUCGCUUCACGAGACCAAGCGGAUUAUCAGCCAGAGUUUUGGCGACCUUCCCUUCGAUGAGAUCUUCGACGAGUUCAACGACAAGCCGUUGGGAGUUGGAGCCAUUGCCCAGGUCUACAUUGCCAAAUUGUCCAACAAAGCGAUAGAGAGAGUCAAGGACUUGGAAAAAGAGGACUCCAAGCGAAAAGUGUCCCUGACCCAGAGCCAGCAGUUUCUAGACAGUAUUUUGGUGACUGAGCACGGCGACACUCUCACCAACAACCAGCACGUUGCAAUCAAGGUGUUGCAUCCCAACGUCGAGGUCAAGAUCAACCGUGACUUGCGGAUCAUCAAGUUCUUCGCCAAUGUCAUCGACGUGAUCCCCACCAUGGAGUGGCUUUCGUUGCCAGACGAAGUGGAACAAUUCUCGGUGUUGAUGAGACUCCAGUUGGAUUUGAGAAUCGAGGGCUUGAACUUGGCCAAGUUUAGAGAUAACUUCAAGAGUAGACUCGAUAUCCACUUUCCAAAGCCCUACUUGAACUUCACAACCAGAAAUGUGUUAGUCGAAGAGUUUAUUCACGCUAUCCCUAUGAGUAGGUUGUUGUCCUUAGAGGGAAACUUCGGUAAGAACCUAUCGAAGGAAGUCAGUGACAAGGGUUUGGAUGCAUUCUUGAAGAUGUUGAUUCUCGAUAAUUUCGUUCACGCUGAUUUGCAUCCUGGUAAUAUGAUGGUCAGAUUCUACAAGAACGAAUUGUUCCCCCAUGAGAAAGAGUACAAGAUCGUCAAGUCAAGCAAUGAAAGCGAGACCAACAAAAUCACCAACGAGUUGUUGAAAUUAGGUGAUGAUAAAGAGGCCUGGUGCCAGAGGUUGGAAUCCCUUUACCAAGAAGGUUAUCAUGCAGAGAUUUGUUUCCUUGACGUUGGUCUCAUCACGGAAUUGAACCACGAGGACCGGGUCAAUUUCAUCGAUUUAUUCAAAGCAUUAUCCGAAUUCGAUGGUUAUAAAGCAGGUGAAUUAAUGGUUGAACGUUCGAGAACCCCAGAAACGGCGAUUAACAAGGAGAUAUUUGCCUUGAAGGUAGAAAAAUUGGUUGAUCGAGUGAAGGAAAGAACUUUUGCAUUGGGAAACAUUAGCAUUGGAGAUUUGCUUGACCAGGUCUUAGGAAUGGUCCGGAGUCAUCAUGUUAGAAUGGAAGGGGAUUUCAUCACUGUGAUUGUAGCCAUUUUAUUAUUGGAAGGAAUUGGUAGAAGAUUGGAUCCCGAUCUUGAUUUAUUUGCAAGUUCCUUGCCCGUGUUGAGAAAAUUGGGAGUACUGAAAGAAGGCAGAGACAUUUUGCGAAAUGAGAACUCCUUGAGUAUGAUCAAGGUGUGGUUGGUACUUGAGGUCAGACAGUUUAUCAAUGCCUCGAUCCAGGAUAUCCACGCGUUGGUGAAGGCGGACAUGUUGAGUCCGAAUAUUUAA